AUGAAUGUCAUGAAGAAAGGGGGUUUCAUGAGCAUCCUUUCAUCACCAUCAUCCAAGAAGCAAGAUUCUCAGUCACAAAUGAAUGCUAGUAGUAGUGCUACUGCUAAACAAUCAAAGUUCCUUGGAGUUAGAAGACGGCCAUGGGGACGGUAUGCAGCCGAGAUAAGGGAUCCAUCAACUAAAGAAAGACAUUGGCUUGGUACCUUUGACACGGCCGAAGAAGCAGCGCUUGCCUAUGAUCGUGCUGCUCGUUCCAUGCGUGGUUCCCGUGCUCGUACCAACUUUGUAUACUCUGACAUGCCACCUGGCUCCUCCGUCACCUCAAUACUCUCUCCAGAGGACCCUAUCUCGUCUUUGACUUUGCCACCAUCACCACAACUUCCACCACCUUCUAACAACCAGAAUGAUGGCCAUCAUUUUACUUUCGAUCAAUAUUCUGAUCAUAACAAUAUGCGCUACACUACUACUCCUUCUGACCAAUAUUAUCAUUUCCAAAACAAUGAGUCCGGUUAUUUUAAUCAAUCAGCUGCUGGAUUAGGUGUGGUAGAGUCGAGCAAUGUUACUAAUUCAGCCAGGAGCAUAGAUUAUCAAAACGGGCGCCAUCAACCAACAACAGUAGAUGAGCAUUAUUCAACUUCUACAAUGAUGGAUGCUGAUAACAGCAAUUAUCUCAGUCUGCAAACAUCUUCUACUGACUUUAACUACACUGAAACUAAUGCUAGCAUUAACAAUAACUUGAAUGUAUGUGGCAACUUUUCAGCCAGUAUAUAUGACAAUAAUAUUGCCCAAGGACAGGGAGCAAUGUUGUUUGAAGGCGAAAGUGGGGGCACAACCACCUUUUCCUCGUACCUCGGAGUUGAUGGCUAUAACUACGUCCACAGCCCGCUUUUUGGGCAGAUGCCUCCCGUCUCUGAUCCUUCUGCUGAUUUUUUUUCCCUUUCUUCUAAAUCCCCCUUCUUUUAA